AAUCAAAAAACUAAUUCUUCCAAAAAGAGAUUGUUAUUAUUCCUCACAAUAACCAGAUAGCCUCUGCUUUCUUUUUCCUUUCUUCGGAAUGAGAGACUCAACCAUAAUAGAAAGAAUGGAGAACUAUUAACCACCAUUCUUCAGUGGGCUGUGAUUUUCAGAGGGGAAUACUAAGAAAUGGUUUUCCAUACUGGAACCCAAAGGUAAAGACACUCAAGGACAGACAUUUUUGGCAGAGCAUAGAUGAAAAUGGCAAGUUCCCUGGCCUUCCUUCUGCUCAACUUUCAUGUCUCCCUCUUCUUGGUACAGCUGCUCACUCCUUGCUCAGCUCAGUUUUCUGUGCUUGGACCCUCUGGGCCCAUCCUGGCCAUGGUGGGUGAAGACGCUGAUCUGCCCUGUCACCUGUUCCCAACCAUGAGUGCAGAGACCAUGGAGCUGAGGUGGGUGAGUUCCAGCCUAAGGCAGGUGGUGAACGUGUAUGCAGAUGGAAAGGAAGUGGAAGACAGGCAGAGUGCACCGUAUCGAGGGAGAACUUCGAUUCUGCGGGAUGGCAUCACUGCAGGGAAGGCUGCUCUCCGAAUACACAACGUCACAGCCUCUGACAGUGGAAAGUACUUGUGUUAUUUCCAAGAUGGUGACUUCUAUGAAAAAGCCCUGGUGGAGCUGAAGGUUGCAGCAUUGGGUUCUGAUCUUCACAUUGAAGUGAAGGGUUAUGAGGAUGGAGGGAUCCAUCUGGAGUGCAGGUCCAUUGGCUGGUACCCCCAACCCCAAAUAAAGUGGAGCGACACCAAGGGAGAGAACAUCCCAGCUGUGGAAGCACCUGUGGUUGCAGAUGGAGUGGGCCUGUAUGCAGUAGCAGCAUCUGUGAUAAUGAGAGGCAGCUCUGGUGGGGGUGUAUCCUGCAUCAUCAGAAAUUCCCUCCUCGGCCUGGAAAAGACAGCCAGCAUUUCCAUCGCAGACCCCUUCUUCAGGAGCGCCCAGCCCUGGAUCGCGGCCCUGGCAGGGACUCUGCCUAUCUCGUUGCUGCUUCUCGCAGGAGCCAGUUACUUCUUGUGGAGACAACAGAAGGAAAAAAUUGCUCUGUCCAGGGAGACAGAAAGAGAGCGAGAGAUGAAAGAAAUGGGAUAUGCUGCAACAGAGCAAGAAAUAAGCCUAAGAGAGAAGCUCCAGGAGGAACUCAAGUGGAGGAAAAUCCAGUACAUGGCUCGUGGAGAGAAGUCUUUGGCCUAUCAUGAAUGGAAAAUGGCCCUCUUCAAACCUGGGCCUCCCAUUGGCCAAACCCAACAGCAAACCAGAAGACAAGGGAGCCCAGUGGCACUAUCCUUAGAGUACAGAUUCCUAGGACCCAGAAGAGGGUGGAAAAAGCUGAAGGCUGGAGAGUGAAUCUGGGGCCCCUCAUAGAGCCCAGCAUAGAGACGGCCUUGCAGCUAUUAGAACAUCAGGAGCUUCCUUCAUGCCCUGCUGUGGGCUGAGUAAAUAACAUGAUUCCCCUAUACUACGGUAGAGAUUCAUAUUUUUAUCCCCAUUUUUCAGGUGACAAAAUGCUUCAGAUGAGGCUCCACCUUGUUAAAUAAAUUGGAUGUAUGGAAAAAUAGACUGCAGAAAAGGGGAGCUCAUUUAGUUCAUGAGCGGUCGAGUGAAGAUUAAAAAUUAACCUCUGAGUAUAAGGCAUUAGGGGGCAGAGUCAAUGUGGGGAGGGAAACAAGAAAAAUGUAGCAAGAGGAUCCUUAUUGCUUCCUGAGGCAGCAUCAGGGUAUUGGGUUAGGCAGAUACCUUACUUUCAUUUCCCCUCUGGACACAAGACCCCUUGAGCUUUCUCCCAUGACAUUGAUGAGAGAGUCAUAUUUAGAGCAGGCUAGGGAUGCCAGGUUCUGGAAGGACCUCCUUAGCAUGGUCCAGGCCUUGCAUGCUGAGGCUCUGAAAUCCAGGAAAAAUGGCUGACCCCAUGGACACCUCCUCAAACUCUCUGCAGCGGAUGUGAUUCUGGAUCCAGACACGGCAAACGCCAUCCUCCUUGUUUCUGAGGACCAGAGGAGUGUACAGCGUGCUGAAGAGCCACGGGAUCUGCCAGACAACCCUGAGAGAUUUGAAUGGCGUUACUGUGUCCUUGGCUGUGAAAACUUCACAUCAGGGAGACAUUACUGGGAGGUGGAAGUGGGGGACAGAAAAGAGUGGCAUAUUGGGGUAUGUAGUAAGAACGUGGAGAGGAAAAAAGGUUGGGUCAAAAUGACACCGGAGAACGGAUACUGGACUAUGGGCCUGACUGAUGGGAAUAAGUAUCGGGCUCUCACUGAGCCCAGAACCAACCUGAAACUUCCUGAGCCCCCUAGGAAAGUGGGGAUCUUCCUGGACUAUGAGACUGGAGAGAUCUCGUUCUACAAUGCCACAGAUGGAUCUCAUAUCUACACCUUUCCGCACGCCUCUUUCUCUGAGCCUCUAUAUCCUGUUUUCAGAAUUUUGACCUUGGAGCCCAUUGCCCUGACCAUUUGCCCAAUACCAAAAGAAGUAGAAAGUUCCCCCGAUCCUGACCUAGUGCCUGAUCAUUCCCUGGAGACACCAGUGACCCCGGGCUUAGCUAAUGAAAGUGGGGAGCCUCAGGCUGAAGUAACAUCUCUGCUUCUCCCUGCCCAGCCUGGAGCUGAGGUCUCCCCUUCUGCAACAACCAAUCAGAACCAUAAGCUACAGGCACGCACUGAAGCACUUUACUGAUAUUCAUUCCAUUAUUCCAUAUGACAGUUGUUUUGAGUUUCAUACCACCUUAUUGUCCCCUUAUACAGAUAAGGAAACUGGGGUGCAGAAAGGUGAAUUAACUUUAAAAGUAGACAUGACAAGUGAACAGCAGAGCUGGGAUCUAAACAGCAAUAACUAACAUUAACAGAGAAUUUAAAAUGUUCUUAGUGCUGUGUUAUAAGCUUUGGUGGAUGUCACUCCUUUAAUCCUCACAACACCCUGUCGGGUAGUCAUAUUUUGCAAGUAUGGAAGCUGAGGCAGGGCAACAUGAAGUAACUUACAUAACUCAUACAGUAAUGUGUACAGUUGGGAGAUGUUCAGCAUUAGUCCCUGGCUAAUUGCCUGUUCUUUUCCAGCCUGAUUUUUUUCCCACAGGAAGGGCCCACAUGUAGCCCUGAGGUUUCCUUCCCAGGACAGCUGCAGGGUAGAGAUCAUUGUAAGUGCUUGUGGAGUUGACAUCCUUAUUGACUCUUUCCCAGCUGAUAUCAGAGACUUAGACCCAGCACUCCUUGGAUUAGCUCUGCAGAGUGUCUUGGUUGAGAGAAUAACCUCAUAGUACCGACAUGACAUGUGACUUGGAAAGAGACUAGAGGCCACACUUGAUAAAUCAUGGGGCACAGAUAUGUUCCCACCCAACAAAUGUGAUAAGUGAUCGUGCAGCCAGAGCCAGCCUUCCUUCAAUCAAGGUUUCCAGGAAGAGCAAAUACCCUAGAGAUUCUCUGUGAUAUAGGAAAUUUGGAUCAAGGAAGCUAAAAGAAUUACAGGGAUGUUUUUAAUCCCACUAUGGACUCAGUCUCCUGGAAAUAGGUCUGUCCACCCCUGUUCAUUGGUGGAUGUUAAACCCAUAUUCCUUUCAACUGCUGCCUGCUAGGGAAAACUGCUCCUCAUUAUCAUCACUAUUAUUGCUCACCACUGUAUCCCCUCUACUUGGCAAGUGGUUGUCAAGUUCUAGUUGUUCAAUAAAUGUGUUAAUAAUGCUUA